AUAACAAUUUCAAAAUAUUUUUUUGACAUCCCUAAUAAUUUAUUUUUGGGCUCUAAAUACAUUGUUUUACCCAGAGUAUGAUAAAACAGUCAGUUUACAUAGCGCUUGUGGCUUUUUUUAUUUAUGGCAUAUUAAAGAAGCAUACGUCGAUUGCGAGAGACCACAUAGAUGCAACAUAUGAUUUCAUCAUUGUUGGUGGUGGAACAACUGGUGCAGUAGUUGCUAGCCGACUAAGUGAGUCAAAUGUUAAAGUUUUGCUGAUUGAAGCUGGUGAUGAAGAUAAUUUUGAACCUUUGGUUAGCGUUCCUCUGUUAUCUGCAUUAAAUCAAUUUACAAAUAGAGAUUGGAGUUACAUGACAGAGCCACAAUCAAAUGCCUGCCAUCACAUGGAAAAUAAUGUUUUACCAUGGCCAAGAGGGAAAAUUCUUGGGGGUACAAGUUCUAUAAAUACACUUCUAUAUGCUCGGGGGUGUCCUGAAGACUUUGAUUCCUGGAAAGAAUCCGGUGCAGACGGUUGGGCGUAUGAUGAUGUUUUUCCAUACUUUAUCAAAUCGGAACAUAUGAUAAGUCCACGUUUGGCAGAAAGUCCUUACCAUGGAAACAAAGGGAAGUUAUUCAUCAAUGAGAAGAAACUAAACCCAGUGGGAAAAUCUUUCUUAAAAGCAGGAGAAGAGCUUGGAUUUGAAGUUCUUGAUGAUUACAAUAGUGAUAAAUGCAGUGGAUUUUCUACUUUUCAAGAAACAACCAAUAAGGGUUACAGACAAAAUUCUGCAACAGCUUAUUUAAGGCAACAUGCUUGGGAAAGGCAAGAAAAUUUACACAUCAUCGUAAGAUCACAUGUUCAAAAAGUUUUGUUUAAUCAAAAGAAAAUUGCAACGGCAGUUGAACUUUUAAAAAAUGGGCAAAAAAUCAUAGUAAAUGCAACGAAGGAAAUCAUUUUAUCUGCGGGGGUGAUUGGGACUCCUCAGUUACUCAUGCUAUCUGGAGUUGGUCCUUUAACUGAGCUUAAAAGAAAUAAGAUAAAUGUUGUAUCUCAUUUACCUGGUGUUGGACAAAAUCUACAAGACCAUGUGAUGACUGGAACAUUUUUUUAUGGAAAAAACAUUUCGGAUUGGGUACUUACCCCAAAAAGUAUUCUGCUUUCUGCCUAUAACUAUUUAGUUCAUGGUACAGGACCAAUAGGCCACACUAUGAUGGAUGCAUUUGCAUCAGUUAAGUGGAACGACAGUUCACUUCCUCAAUCACAACUGAUGUUGCUUGCCAUGGAAACUGAUACAUUUGCAUUUAAAAACUUUUUUGCAAAAGGUGCGAACUACAAAACAAAGGUAUUUGAAGAAGCAUAUGCUGAAGCAGAAAAAGAAAGAAACAAAAUAAUGUUUUCAUUUGCAAUUAUCAAUAAUGUUCUGCACCCAAAAAGUGUGGGAAGCAUUAGAUUAAACCCAUUUGAUCCAAAUGGGCAUCCUCUCAUUGAUCCAAAAUACCUGACUGAUCAACGAGAUGCAGACAUCCUUAUUAAAGGACUUGAAUUGGUGGAUAAGAUAAUGAAAACAGAAGCAUUUAAAGAGCUGCAAGUUAAUCAAGUGUAUUUUCACCAUUCAUGUGACAAUAUUAAAGGUAAGAAAAGGCUGGAAUGCAUGGUGCGAUCAGACACUUUUACUACUUAUCAUCCAUGCUGCACUGCUAAGAUUGGUCACGAUAAGAUGGCUGUUGUGGAUGCAAACCUUAAGGUAUAUGGUGUGAAGCAUUUACGUGUAGCAGACGCCUCAGUUUUCCCACACCACAUAUCAUCGCCUCCUCAAGCAACAUGUUAUAUGAUUGGUGAAAAAGUUUCAGAUCAUAUCCAAAAAGAAUGGCACUUAAUGUAGUUUUUUUCCCUUGACAAGUGCUACUUGUGUUAUAUUCUACCAUUGGUGGAAAUGGUGCACGCCCGAAGCAAUAUAACUGUAUUUGAAUUAUUAAAACUAAGGUGACCGAA